GGAGGCAAGAUCCCGUGGAAUAGGGAAAAAUGCUCUGGCAACGCGGCCUGCGCUGCCCGGUUUUGUGCACGAGCGCAAUUAAUCCAAGUAGGUCACGUCUAGAUCCAAGCAGUCACCAAUCGUCUCCUACAAUUAUCGGCGACGAUGAUCACAUUGCGUGGUGCUGUUAUUUGUUUUGUUUCAUCGAACAGGGGGCCAAAGCGAAGUGCAGAAGUAAAAUAGGAGAAUACGGUAUCGGAGCAUUUAAUAUGUCACUACUCGUUCAGAUAUCCUGGGAUGUGAUCUAGAACUUCCAUUGCUUUUUGGUUCCGGGAAAUUCGGAUGUUUGCAUGGUCCAAGGGCGCCUCGAA